AGUUGAUGGGUUUUUUUUCUCCUGUAGGCCAUUGAAGUAUGUGUCUAUGUAUGUUUAUGGGGUGCUAUGGGGAGGAAAGAACCAUUAACAAAUUUUGGAAAUGCAUUCUUGACUCAACAACUUUAGUGAUACCUUAAAAGAGAAAAUAAAGUUACCGUGAAUCUUCUUUGUUGGAUACACAUUUCCAUUUCUUCUUCUUUUGUCUGGCUAUGGUCCCUGCAGGCAGACCUGACCUACUGCCCUGUACUCCACCAUCAUUUGAAGAAGCAACUACAGCUUCCAUAGCUACAACCUUGUCGUCUACAUCCCUCUCCAUCCCUGAGCGAUCUCCCUCUGAGGCCUCUGAGCAUCCUCGAUACAGGCGCCGCACACACUCCUCUGGACAUGAUACACGAUCCCAUGAUGAGGUCCACGUGGAAGAAGAUCUCCAGCAGAUCACCGUUGAAGUUGAACCCAAAUGUAGCGCUGAUAUCACGACUCCCAAAGAAGAAGCAAAAGGGGAAGAGGCUUCUUCCGCCUGCAUUAUGGUCACACCCCCGGCCACCGUGGAAGUGGAAACCACCAGCCAGGCCUCAGAGCCAGCCAGCCAGGCCUCAGAUGAAGAAGAUGCACCUGUCCCAGACAUCUAUUUUGAAGAUGCAUUAGACGGUACCGAGGAAGCCUAGUUCUGAGACCAAGGGAGUAG